GUACAGAACGACGGAAGUUAGGUAUUCACGCGGGAAAAACAAAAGCGAAAGUAUAAAAUAUAAAUUACAAAAUUAAAAAAAUGCAGCGAUCUGUGCGCAUGAAGAAGGAAGUACAAAUGCUCACAGAAUCCCCGCCACACGGAAUCUCGUGCUGGAUAAAGGACGACACCCUAUUUAACCUGGAGGCUCAAAUUCUAGGUGGGGAAGACACCCCAUAUGCAGGUGGAGUGUUCAAGCUGGAGAUCCAGAUUCCAGACAGAUACCCUUUUGAACCACCGAAAGUCAGGUUUGUUACACCCAUCUACCACCCAAACAUUGACACAGCAGGCCGCAUAUGUCUCGACACUUUAAAAAUGCCACCUAAGGGCGCAUGGAAGCCGAUCCUGAAUAUCAGCACAGUGCUAACCUCCAUACAGCUGCUGAUGGCUGAACCCAAUCCAGAGGACCCCCUUAUGACAGAUAUUUCAAAUGAGUUUACCCAUAACCGGUCUCUGUAUGUUCAGACUGCUAGAGAGUGGACAAACAGACAUGCCAAACAGAAGACUGCCACUGAACAGCAUGGUAAUUUUGAAGCUGGCGAUAAUCUCAGAGACAAUGUAUAUGCUGAUGGGAAAACUGUUAGUUCCCGCAAAAGAUCACUGCCGAUGGAUGAUGUGACAAAUAUACCGGCAAAGCUGCCAUGAAAAGCUGUUUCUCACAAAAGUAUGGACGGUGUAAUCAUGUCCCGAGGAAAAGCAUUGCAUGAAUAGAGGAGUUGGACAUAGUUUGCGCUAGGAAAUUCAAUCUGUGAUUUUGUUACUUGUCAAAUUAUUGAAAAGCUGAUAAAUAUGUUGUCAUAAUUAGGAUUCACUUUGUGUAAACGUAUGAUAACGUUUUUCUUGUGAAUAAUAUGCGAUAACAUUUAGGUAAAUAUGUAUUAUGUAAAUACUUUAUAAGUGCUUUGUGUAGUUGAAAACAAAAGUUAGAAAAACAAA